AUGUCAUCGGCCAAACGCAAGGCUCCAGCGGCACCGACAACCGAGGACACACGUUCAAUCGAUCCAACAACUGGGGAUCAAGUUAUGUUGCUUCGGUAUGGCAGUAAGACGCGCUACCAGUACGAGAAGUCGCUUCUGCGUCUAAAGUCGUGGCUCCAGCGCGAGCAUCCUGGUUCUCUGUCGGGUGGAGAGGUCGUGCCCCCGCUCGACCCAGCGAUUUGCAAAGGGUUCUUGGCCUACGAAUGUGUUAAACGGGGCCCCGAUGGUGCCGAACUUGACCCACAACAGUUCAAGUCCUACUCAGCUGUGAAUGGAUGCAAGAGCGCCAUCAAGUUCAUGUACAAGCAGGCAAAUCUCCGCGUGUCGGAGGAAUUGGAUGCACUGUUAGCAGACUUUGCAUGCUGCUACAAGCGAAAGUUGCUCAACUGA